AUAGGAUGAUCCAUUGCAUGGAAAUGGAGUCGUUCCCAUAACAAAUGUAGAUAACAUUUUUGAAGAAAUAUAAAGCGUCGUGAACUCAGUAAAACUGUAAAUUACUUCAUUUCAGAAGACACUGUGAGCUUCAGAAUGAUUUUAAACAUACUCUCUUGGAUUUCGUGGUUACUAGGUGCAAAUCCCCUCGACAGGGUACUGCGUGGUUUAGUGGGAGCAUGUGGAAUUUCAGUAUUGAAUCAUGUGAUGAGGAUCCAACUGUUUAUUGAGACGUACAGUGUUCCCGAAGAAGACCACAAAAAGAAAAGUUAUGUUGAUGGGCGCGGUUGGGCCGCGGGGCGCUUUGCUGCAGCUGUACGCUUUUUGGGUCUGACUGGACUUCUGUCUGUGGUGGGUCAACGAGUGGCCAGUCUGAUUGUUCUGGAAUUCUCCCUCAGGGCUAUUUUAGCCGCCGUGACCACUAGACAAGGCGUGCUGUCAGGUAGUAUUCGACAGCUCCUCGUCCAGUGUCAGUUCUCUCUUGGCUGUGCUUUCAGUUGCAGUCUUGACUUUCUCCAAGAGGGGGCGCUGCACAAUACUCUCAACCUGCUGUUGGCCGGAGGCCUGAGCUGGUUUAUAGCAGAUCACAGCCAACGCCUGUGGAGCCAUGUGGUGGGGCUCUACCCUCAGCAUGGCUCCCAACACUGCUGUGGCAUAUGCCUCUCGUUAUCCACACACAACAAUGCCCUGCUGCCGUUUAUAAACCGUGCUGUCCUCCUAGCAUUUGCCAUGGGCACUGUGGCAUCCCUUAGCAUUGUAAACCACCACUAUGCGUCGGACACAGACUCUGUAAGGUUCUGGACGCCACUGGUCAUCUGUUAUACCAUGCUCAUGGUCUAUAUUCAGGAAGGGCAGCAGCGGAGACCAGAUGGAGAAGCAGUGCUACACACAGUGGUUCUGCGCCUGGGAGCCCUGCUGGUGCUCACACUGAGUGUGGGCUGGUGGGUUGAUGUGCUACACAUUCUCAUGGCACUCCUGGGAGAACUCAUCUGUCUUUUGCCUUGUCAAGACCUGUUGUACACUCAGCCAGUGUCUCAGGAAGAAGAGGAGACGUCUUUCAAAACUUCCUAGAUUUUUUUUAGAGGUUAAAACAACCCAUAAUCAGCUGUCCCAAAGAGAAUGACCACACCAACAAGGGUUUAUGGGAAACAACAUUCCUUGCCGCUGUUGUUUACUUUGCCUUUUGGGCCAUAAGAAGUUUGCUGUGUGUUUGUUUUACACAGAGGUCUCUUCAGUUAUUGACCAGGUUGCUGUACAGUGCAGCUAGAAUAGAUGUGGUUUAGCUUCACGAAUCCACUUUGGUAAUGUUGUUCCUCCCUGUUUCAAGUAAAGUUUAUCCUUUCUCAGCUUAUAUCUCUGUUGAAACAAGGGAUCACUAUGUCAGAAGAACGCAGAACAUUUAGUAGUGUGCUAUCAGACUACAAGUCAUCAAGUACUCAACAUUGUCAACAAGUACUCAGGGUAGACAAAAACUGUUUAUCCAUUAAUAAACAUCAUUGCCUUGCUGUGACAUUCACUAUUCAAUAGGCGUGUAUGGACAGUUUGGCCCAAACAAGUCACUGCAACCUCAUACAGCAUUUUAAAGAUGCAUUGAGGUUGUUUAUUUUGUGUGAUCCAGGCUAUUUUUGCCAUUGGUUGGCUUUCGAAGCCGUCGUCGAUGCAAUGUGCAAAUGGUAAAAUUCCUUGCAUGGCACUGAAAUGGGUUUCCUGCAUGAGAAAACUUACAAUGCCUCAGCUGACCUAC